AUGCCGUCGUAUACAAAUCUUCAUGUUAAAAUGCAACGUGAUUCAAACGCGAUACCAUGGGGUUUUCGUAUGCAAGGUGGAAGGGACUUCAAUUGCCCCAUACAAAUUCAAUAUGUCAACCCGAACAGCUUAGCUGAGCGAUGUGGAAUGCAAACGAAUGAUUACAUUCUUCGCAUUGGACAGGCUUCGACCGAACAUCUUCAACAUCAAGAAGCUCAAGAACAAAUCAAACGACAGAGCAAUGUUUUGGAAUUCGUUUUGCAACGUGGUGCUCCACCGACAACUGCCGAUUAUAAUAAUCGUAUCGAUUUUUCAACACCUCAACCAAUUCAUCCUCACUUCUACCCACAAUCUAACUAUCAAACACCACCUCAAUCACCAGGCCCGCAGAUCGUUAUGCCAAUCUCGAACAAUCGUACGAUAUCAAGUCAAACAUACAAUACUCCAAUAGGUCUCUAUUCAGCUGACAAUAUUACUGAUACCAUCGCCCGUACACUUAAAAGUAUAAAUGUAGCCUCCAAUCCCAGCUUUGAAGAAUCACCAAGAAAUGCUAACGAAUAUCAACCAACAGCGGCUAAAUCUAUGCCUAAACCAGCACCAGCACCUCAUAAUAAUUUUUCGAAACCAACACCACCCCCACCACCACCAACAAUGUCAGCACCACCUAAAGCACAACAACCAACAUAUCCAACUCCGUUCGGUGCUCCUCCGAAACCGAUCGGAAAUAAACCGGCGUUCAAUAGCAAUGCUCAAGUGCCAUCCGGUGCUGGUAAUCGAGGACCUAAGAAAGGUACUAGAGGUACAGCUUUAUUAAAUCAAAAUGAUAACGCUAAUCAAAUUGCUAUUUGUCAUACAUGUGGAGUUAAAAUACGAGGCCCAUUUAUUUCGGCCGUUGGCAAUUGCUAUUGUGUCAACCAUUUUACCUGUUCACAUUGUUCGAAGGAUCUUGUUGAUUGUGGCUUUAUCGAAGAGAACGGUAAAUUAUAUUGUGAACAAGAUUUUGAACAAUUUCUCGCACCGCAUUGCUCAAAAUGUUCACAAAAAAUAUUAAAAGAAUGUGUUCACGCAUUGGAACAAACAUGGCAUCCGGAAUGUUUUGUGUGUACCGCCUGCAAGAAAUCGAUUGGAUCCGGAUCAUUUCACGUCGAAGAAGGUCAACCUUAUUGUACCGAAGAUUAUCGACGAAUGUUUCAAGCAAAAUGUACUUCUUGCGAGUUUCCCAUUGAACCAGGAGAUAAAUAUUUGGAAGCCAUCGGUGGAACUUACCAUGUCGAAUGUUUCAACUGCUCCCAAUGUCAAACUAGUUUAGAUGGUCAACCAUUUGUCGUGAAAAACAAUCGACCUUAUUGUCGUCAACAUGGCCAUCCGGUUGGUUCACUCUUCAAUUAA